AUGGAGAACGUAACUCAUAUCUAUAGAGCAUGGAAAACAGUAUUAGAAAUGCUUAGAGAUAGAGGAUAUAUUACAAGUGAAGAAGAUCAUAAUACAACACUCGAAGGAUUUAAAGAACGAUUUUAUAAAGGAGGGGAAGGAGUAGAUCAUAAAGAAUUAACUAUAAAAGUGGUAAAAGAAAAUGAUGCAACUGAUGGUAUUAUUGUUUUUUUUGCAGAAGGAGUUUCAUUAAAGACAGAUGUUUUAGGAAAAUAUUUAACAGAAGUUGAAUCAGAACAUGUUAAACGUGCUAUUAUUGUUUAUAGAGGAAAACUUUCAUCACCAGUUAAACAAAUGAUGGAACAACCAAGAGAAGUAAAAUGGGAAGCAUUACUUGAAGAUGAAUUAAUUGUUAAUGUUACUCAUCAUGUUCUUGUUCCACAACAUAUUCUUUUAAGUCCUGAAGAAAAACAAGAAUUAUUAAAGAAAUAUCAAGUUAAAGAAUCACAACUUCCUCGAUUAUUAACAUCUGAUCCAAUUAGUAAAUAUUAUGGAUUUCAACGUGGUGAUGUUGUUAAAAUUAUCCGUAAAAGUGAAACUGCAGGAAGAUACGUAACAUAUCGUGCUGUCUUUUAA